UCCAAAUGACUACAAUUAUCUACAGGUUCAAUAGAGGACACAUCAGAAUCAUCAUAGAAAUGUCUCUAGUAUCUGUUGUCAUUAUUUACUUACUUUAUUUAAUGUCAGUGGCAGGGCAGAAAUUGGACCAGGAGAUUUCAUGGACUAAGAAAAAGGGAGAGGGUGUCUCCUUCAGCUGCAAAAACAAUGAUCAGUGUGGAACGUAUGUCUACUGGUACCAGAAGAAAGACGGAGAAACUUUUACCUUGAUUCUCGGCAUCCAAAAGCAUAACUGCGCUUUUUAUGCAUUUUACAACCAUCCUCAAAAGGAUGAUUUCUCAUCUAUGAGAAAUAACAGAUGUGAUCUGAAGAUCCAGUUAGUUAAAGUGUCCCAUUCUGCCACCUACUACUGUGCCUGCUAUCAGGCUGGGGGAACCCACAAAUCAGACAACAAUUGUGUACAAAACCCCAAAGUGACGGUCUACCCAACAUCCAAACCUGAGCCAAACGCCUUCUGUGUCUGGCUAGAGACAUGUUUCCAGAUUUCAUGGAAGACAGUGGAUGAAAAUGGCCAAACAGCAGAGGUACCCAAAACAGAGAGGGAAGAGCUGGAGCAGAGAGAGGAAGGACGGACAAACAGUAUGAUCAUCAUUAAUAAAGACAAGACAUACAGGAACAAAUACGGCUGUUCUGUGGAGCAUGAAGGGGACCCUCAAGAUGUUGACAUACCAGAAGAGAAAACCAACUGAAGCUUCUCCAACCACCAUAACUGCACCAACCACUUUGCAGGUUAACUAUGAUGAACUGAAGCUCCUCCAACCACCGUGGCUGCACCAACCACUCUGCAGGUUACCAAC